AUCAUUAAAAGAGAAGCAAAUUGUACUUUUGUUUACCUUUCGGUUGAUGAUGAAGAUGUACGGAUUUGGGUUCUCAAAACAAGCGGACAGAUUCUUUUCCGGCGUAAAAAGGGAAUGGAUUCAGACAGUUUUGGAAAUGCUGGGUCAGUCCCCAACCCGAAAGUGCUUUUUUCGGAGAGUUUCCGCUACUUUGCCAUCCUACCCACGGAGAAUUACGAAGAUCGCUCUUUAAAUGACGAACCUGUUCUAAAGUUAUCUGGUGAUGUUAGGCGAUCGCCUCUAUCCCACGAUGAAACUGAGGAUAUGAAAACACGUCUGCGUUUGUUCUACAAGCUAAUUAUCGCUCCUGUGGCCGAUUUAUUGAAAGAACCUGAAAUUAUCAUUGUCCCUGACAGCUGCAUGUACCAAGUGCCAUUUGCAGCCUUACUUGACGAAGGAGGAAGAUAUUUGUCGGACAAAUUCAGGAUCCGCAUAGUUCCUUCUUUGACGGUCCUUAAGGUCAUUCAGGAUAGUCCUUCAAACUAUCACUGUAACACUGGGGCACUGAUAGUGGGUGAACCUGAAGUGAGAGAAGUGAUUUACAGGGGAGAACAAAUUGUCCUCGUUCCAUUACCGAAAGCAAGAGAAGAAGCCGAGAUGAUUGGAAAUAUGCUUGGCGUCGUCCCAUUGUUAGGAAGAAGUGCAACAAAGGAGGCGGUUCUUGAACAGAUGAAGUCAGUUGCGUUGAUACAUUUUGCGGCUCACGGAAAUCCCGAUCGAGGAGAAAUAGCACUUUCCCCCGUCAGUACUACUAACAGUACUCCACAAGAAGAAGAAUACCUUUUGACGAUGGCUGAUGUAUCAAAAGUUCAACUUCGAGCUAAACUGGUAGUUCUAAGCUGUUGUCACAGUGGGUGCGGAGAGAUCAAAGUCGAAGGAGUAAUUGGAAUCGCUCGAGCCUUCUUAGGAUCCGGUGCUCGGUCGGUGUUGGUGGCGCGGUGGGCCUUGGACGACGAAUCAACGGAGCAGUUCAUGAAAUGUUUCUACGAACACUUGUUCCGUGGUGAGAGUGCCAGUGAAUCUCUUCACGAGGUCAGAAAGUGGAUGAGAGGUAACCCCAAGUACUCUGAAGUGAAAAAAUGGGCUCCGUUCAUGCUGAUUGGAGAUAAUGUCACAUUGAGGAAAGAAGACAUAAUCUGCAAAGUUCAAAACUGAUCAGCAAACCCUGCACUCUGAGUGAAGCUGACUUCUUUGAAGACCAUCAUCUUUGCCUCUACCGUAUGAAACAGAACAUUUCGUGUGAUAUAACCGAAUUUUUUUUCGUUGUUUUUUUUUUAGCAAAGCAGUUAAUAGUAUUUAGGAUUUCUCUUUAGCAGUCAGGCAUGUUUGUCACUAAAAUGUUAGGAGCAAUUUUCGUGAGAAGCCCUCCAUUGUCUACACAACCUGAACAAUAAGUUUUUACAACUGGGACGAGUCAGUGACAUUUGAAUAAUCUAACGAAAAGGUUCAAUGUCAUUGUGAUUUAAGAGCCAGAAUGGUUCUUUAGCCUUCUUGCAAAGAAAAGUAACCAAAAUCUAGAAAUUUAGGAUAAAUAUUUUUUUCAGAGGUUUUCCAGUAUACGUUUUUUCAUUCUGUAAGCGAGAUGCCUUGAAAUAUUAGACGUUUUAAGGCUGGAACGAACUUUGGAAUCGAUUCGUCGAAAAAACGCAUCGUUCGUUUGUUUAGCUAGUCAUUGUAGACUUUUAGAAUACUUCAGAAGUUAACCCCAUCUGUAUAUGAAUCAUGGGGCCAGCGAUACAACUGGACAAUUCAAUCAUCAAAUACUAAUUUUGUUCAACAGGUCACUCGACCAUUCUGUUUUUAUUGUAAUGUGUCAGAUUGGAGUUUCCGGUACAUUGAAUAAAAGCUAGGUAAUUUUUAACCUCAUUGUAGGACUAGUUACAAUAAGGAAGCUGAGCCCAGCUAUAUAUCGAACAAUGGACCAGAAAUUCAAUCAUAGUAUUCUGUUAUCAAACACAGAUUUUGUUGAAUGGGUCACUGGACCAUUCGUUUUAAUUGUCAUCGGUUACAUUUUAAUUUCUUAUAUCAUAAAUAAAAGCACAUGUUAC